GUAAUUCGACGUGUUUAUACUGUUGCACAGUCACGUGAUAAACAAUGGCAGCGACCAGGCGUUUGGCGAAAGAACUUGCAGAUUUACGAAAGGCAGGCUUGAAAAAUUUCAAGAAUAUCAAUGUUGAUGAACAAAACAUCCUACUAUGGCAGGGUCUUGUUGUACCAGAUUGUGAGGCAUACAACAAAGGAGCUUUCAAAAUACAGAUUGACUUUCCAGCUGAAUAUCCAUUCAAGCCACCUAAAAUAACAUUUAAAACAAAAAUAUAUCACCCUAAUAUAGAUGAAAAGGGCCAGGUUUGUCUGCCUAUCAUAAGUGCUGAAAACUGGAAACCUGCUACCAAGACAGAUCAAGUGAUACAAUCCCUAGUAGCCUUAGUCAACGAACCGGAACCUGAACAUCCACUAAGGGCAGAUCUUGCUGAGGAAUUCUCAAAAGACAGGAAGAAGUUUAUAAAAAAUGCACAAGAAUUCACCAAAAAACAUAGUGAAAAGCGACCUACAGAUUAAUAUUAAUAUUGGCUAUUUUGGAAUGUUCACAGUUGCACAAAUAUAGUUCUCGAUCAAUGUAUUGAGUCUUAUAUCGUAGGGAAGUAACAAAAGUAGCUUUUACUAUAAAAUGAACGUGCAUGUGUUUGGGAGGAAUUAUUGUUUAAUUGUUUAACCAAAUUGACCAAAUACAAUAUCCACCUAUCAAUUUCUAGUUACUAUUAUAUCCACAAUAAUGAUGUUCCCCUAUCGGGUCUAUAUGACUUUACAGGCCAUUACACAAUAAACAUAACACAAGUGUUUUUGUUCUGCAUUUGGAUAUAAAUAUUCUUUUUUUGACGUACAAGUGUUAAUUGUUAAUGUUAAUGAAACAAUAUGAAAUUUUAUUUGGUCUGAAAAUAUUACAAUGACAGAAAGCUAAAAUUAGUGCUUGAGCAAACAGUUUGUCUCACCAGUGCACUUUUUGUGUGAAUGUGUGUAGAAUGAGUGAAAGCAUGCUAUAAGGGAGGUAGCUAGAGUUGGCACAAGUUAUUCACUUCAUGUAACUGAUACUCAUGUAAAUGUGUGGAGACUUUAUAAGUAUCCAGUUCUCUUUUAAAGCUACCGGUAUAUAAUGAUCCAGUUGUAGAUGAAAUGUUAGACGAAAGGUGUAAGGAUUGUGCAAAAGACAUAUCAACCCCAGUGUCAUGAACUGCAACAGAUAUUCUGAAAUUUGUUAGAAAUAUGUACAAGCUAGAGCAAUUUACACUGAAAACUCGUAAAUGAGAUAUGUUAUUUCUCAUAAAGGUACAUACAUUUCCUGGCAUAAUUAUACUGUGUGUGUCAUAUUUGUUGUGCUUGGUAGCAUGUACACUGAUGUAAUAAUCUAUAAUAAAAUGGUUUCUGCAAUCAGUUACUGGUCAAAUCCAAAAGUUCUGAACAAAAUUCCACUUCAGUGAAAGUGCUUUUGAAUAUUGUGUAUUCACUUUUGGUAUUUUACACAGUGUAUAUGGGUAUAAGUGAUUGUCUGAAAUUAACUCCACGAGUGUACUGAUGGUCAGAAUAAAUCUCUUGUUAAUGAAAA